UUUUUUUAUUAUUUUCAUAAUUUUUUCCGUAUUGGGGAGAUUUUUCCCGAAUAAAAGUUUAUCCUGAUCCAAAUUGAAGAGCUGUCUAUCUAUCAAUUCAGCAAAGCGGAAUCAUCAUUUUAGUUUUCUGAAUAUAAAGUCCGCCCGGCCGGAAGGAAUUAAAUGUCUUGACGUAUCAAUCAAUUCCCCGUGCAACAUGAUUAAUUUUUAUUCCACGCGUGUUUCGGUCGACCGACUUAAUAAAAAUAUGCGAAGAAAUUUAAUAUCGAGUGCGUCGAGGGGCGAGAAACUUUUUCAAAAUUGCCAGUGUCCACGACGGUAACGUUUACUUGGCUUUCAUUCGCACGACCCAUUAAUCUCCCUUUUAAUUCGCGGCGCGUCGUGUAUCCUCGGUACGACGAUAGCGCGGAAAAAUGAGAUAAAAUCAUACUCGCCAACGAGAGUACCCACGGAUACUCUCGGAGCACAACGAUACCCCGUGAUACCCCGAGAUUUCUCGUCUCGCGGUAGGAGUGGCGACAAGAGCAAACACGACGGAACCAAUCGCCGAAGAAGGGUGGUCCAGCGGUUGUUUGUCUUCUCGACCCUCCUCCGCGCUCCGGGGAUGCCGCGGAAUCGCGCGGAAGAGCCUAAACGUCCCGUACAUCCGCACGUCCGCGGCCAAUCGAACCGGACCAAGUCGCCAAGCCGGAAGAAGCGAGAUAUCACCGGCGAUUAGAUCUCGCUCCGGCUCUCCUCUCGCGCAGUUCCGAAUUAACAAUCGGCAAGGAGCCCCGCGCGCGCGAAAACGCCACGUGCCAAUCUCGAUCAUCUCUCGCGACUUCCUGCCGCUGUCGAAGUCUUUCUCACACAAGCUUCGUGUGGCUCCUAAAGCUCCGAUAACUCACAAUAAUUACAUUGUCAAUAUAAUAAAUACAUAUUUUGUUGUCACAUAUGUACAAUCGUACUCUCGGUUGUCGACACGUAGAGAUCUUGUACGCGUACAUUUCGAAAGUACGAAAGUAUCAAAAAUCGCAACGCCAGACGCGUUCACGCUGCAUCACGAAUACGUUUCGGAUAUCGGCGGAGAUAAUAAUCAGUGCGCGAGUAAAUAAAUAAAUAAAGUAAUCGACCAGAUCUUUCUGUCUUUACGAUUUCUUUACAACGAGAUCCGUGCGCGGCGGCACGAUGUGGACGGCCGAGUAAAUAAAAAAAAAAAUAAAUAAACGAUCAUCCUCGCUCCGCGGCAUCCGUGGAACUGUUACUAUGCUUCGCGGUAAGAGCAAGAGCAGGUCGGAGAACAAUGAAAACAACGAGGGAACGGACGGGAAGCAGAGGAGACCGAAGUGCGCCCGCUGCAGGAAUCACGGCCUGAUCUCGUGGCUGCGGGGCCACAAACGAGAGUGUCGCUACCGAGAAUGCCUGUGCCCGAAAUGUUCUCUGAUCGCCGAACGGCAACGAGUAAUGGCCGCACAGGUUGCCUUGAAGAGACAACAGGCGGCCGAGGAUGCGAUCGCUCUUAAAAUGGCAAAGGUGGCCACCGGACAGAAGCUCGAUCGACUUCCGCCGGGCAAGAUCUUUGGAAUGUCUGUGACGGAGCCGAAAUCGACGGUGGGCCAAAACGAGGAUGCGAUUCCGGCUACAAAGAAGCUCGACGGAACUUCCGAAGAUUCGAAGGAUCUUCCACACGUGUCGACCAGUGACGCUUUGCCCGCUCGUAUCCAAAACUGUCCCGACAACCUGGAGACCUCUUCGAGAUCCAAGAGCCUCUUCUUCGACGCCGGCAAGCCGGAGGGUGUUAGGGAGACCACUCUGGUAUCUCAGACCUCCGUGGAGACUCUAGCCCGUUUAUUCCCAAACACGAAGCUGUCGGUCUUGCAACUCGUGCUGCAACGCUGCGGCCAGGAUCUGCUCAAGGCGAUCGAGUAUUUCGCGAGCGACAGCCUGGGUAUCGCCGAGCCGGCGAUGUCGGCCAGCAUCGGUCACACCUCCUCGGCCUUCCGGCCUCCACAGACGAUCGUCGACAGCAACGCGGGGGAGCAACAGCAACAGCCGAUCCCCGGCACGAUGCUUGCGCCGAUCUACACCAGCUUGUCCAGGAACGUCUACGGAGACGCGGGUUACUGCCUGCUGAACAUCGUGCCGAGCGAGCAAUUCGCCAAGGGCACCGACCUGUCGAUCGCGAAAACCACGGCCGAUCAGGAGGCCGUCGCUCUGAAUUUUCGCUAUAGCAACUACUUCACCCCCGGCGUGCAACAGCAACUACGGGACGCGCACGUGUGCGCCCAAGUGGCGGCGGAUCGGCUGUCAGCCGCCAGAUCGGCGGGCAUACUGCAUCAUCUACCACCCGCCGUGCUGCCGAGCAUCCCCUGCGUGCAACCGAAUUGCACGCAAUGCAAUUACAAGUUCACUUGAACGUACGGAGAUAUAUAUAGCCAAGAAGAAUCCCUUAAUAUUAAUUCUCUUAAGGUAAAAGAAAUCAGGAAGCUGGAGGAAAAAUAUAUGUGCGGGUUGAGGUAUCUCGUA